CCGACCUAACUGAUAAUUAUUUGCUUCCAGCGCCGUCUGAUAGUACGGUGUGCCGGAGAGCCGGGUCGACGGUCAGCAUCAGUGUGCUUCGAACGCUUCCAGCUGUAUGAUGAGAUGCCAGCGAGCAACAGUUCUAGUGGUGGUGUUACAAGUAGUUCUUACCCGGUUAGUGCAUUCUACGUUAGCGGUAGAACAGAAUGAGCUGCCGGCACUGUAUGAGCUAGAGGAUUGGCGCGAGUGUGAGAUAGCCCCGGAGCAAGACUGGUACUGUGUAGUGCGUGUGCUACUCACAAGGGAGGACGCAGUGGAGUGCCUGACAGUGAAUGAUGUAAAACGGUUCCGUAGGACACUUCUCGAUAGGGGCAUCUGUUUGUCACACGCCCAAAGGACUGUGGAAGUUGAAACAAUGCCAGUGAGUGUGAAAUUUCCCUCCAAAUGCUGGAAUGUGUCCGAUCGCUACAUACUCAACCGAUCGUACUUCCCGCCGGCGAUGCACCCGGAUGUACGGACGGAGCUGGUAGCAAGCGAGCUGAUUAAUAGCCGGCUAAUAGCUCGCUACCCCCAUCUACGGGCGUACAGUGAGAUAGAAUACUGCCUGCAAAGUGAUCCAAAACCAGUGUACGAGCAAGCGUUAGGCGUUACGCUAGCUGUAACGCUUGUACUUGCUGCCGUUCUAGCGCUAAACGCACGCCGUUGGAUCUUACCAAAGUGUUCGCCUGCAAAGUCAACCCAACCGAUCAAGCAGAUCGUGCUGUUCGAUCUGUACAAAUGCUUCGGUGCGGUUGGUGUGGUUCUGGCACAUUGCUGCCUGUUCGGGUCCUUUCUAAUGCCAAUGAAAAACAUUGAGUUGCUGGAGGAGGUAAUUGCACAUCCGUAUGCAAAAUUCUGGCGCCUCUUCUGUCCCUUUCUCAUGCUGGCGUUCUUCGUGAUGAGCUCGAUGCUGCUGACGGUCAAGCUAUUGCACGGUGACCCAUCGAAACGACCCACACUCGGUGCAAUCAUUAGCCACCGGCUGAUAAGACUGAUGCCCGUGAAUCUGCUCAUGGUCGCGUUCGGUGCGCUCGUGUACGAUCGCUUCGCCGGCGGUGGGCCCCUCCUUUCGCGCCAGCUGAUCGUGGAGCAGGGCUUUUGCCGAUCGUACUGGUGGAUGAACGUGCUGUUCAUUUCGAACUUCAACAUGCAACGGCCGUGCCUUCCCGACUCGUGGUACGUUAGUGCCGAUAUGCAGCUGUACGUUGUGAUCGCACUUGCGCUUCAAAUUAUGUUUAGGUAGUUUUGUAGUAAAUC